AAAAUAUUAAAAUGAAGCUUUAUAAACACCGUCGUAUUUGAUAAUUUAAUUAAUAUUUUAAUGAAAAAUGGAAAUAUUAAGCGAUGAACUAAAGAAUAUAGAUGUAAAAGAUGCCGAACUGUUCAAAGAAAUCAAGUUUUACGUCAGCGGGGAGGUGCAUGAAAAGGUGGUUGAUUUACUGAAGUCGGGAGGUGCAGAACGUUUGAAUUACUUCUCAGACUACGUGACGCACUUGAUAGUGGGACAAAACCCUGAAGAAAACGACAUAACAGACGCCAGUGACUUGUACGAGAUCCCUGCUGUUUCAGCCAAAUGGAUAUUCAUAUCAGUACAACUGAACAAACUAGUGGACUACAAACCGUACUUGUACAAAUCGGAGAAGUUGUUCAGCGGCCAAGUGUUUUGCCUCGAGAAGCCUGGGGAUGAUCUCACAACAUUGUGGGGCUUGAUCACAUUCAACGGUGGUUUAGUGCAGUUUAAUUUGGACAAAACCUGCACGUACUUGGUCACAAUCAGCACCAGUUCACGUAAAUAUGCCGCGGCAGAAGACAAAAUAACUGUAGUGACCCCUGACUGGAUUGUGGAGUCAGUUAGGCAAAACUCCCUGGCCGACCCAACCCUGUUCCACCCAAAACUCAUUCAGUGGCCAAAAGUGACGAAAACGGAGAGCACCACCGCAAUAACAGGUUUUGAGCCGGAAGUGCCGACCGAGGAGGAGCCCAAGGCAGAAAGCGACGUCUCCGACUCGACGCAGGCGCUGCUGGACAAGCUGAAGCAGCGGAUGCCGUGGAACCAGCCGCCGCAGUCGGGCGGCGAGACCGUCGGUCCGCCCAACGUCGUGGCGCCCAGCUUCGCCGGCAAACAACGGCCCCAGGUGCCGCGGAACGUGCACCACGGCCCGCAGACGUUCGCCGGACAACAGCCGCAGCUGGGGAUGAACAGGAUGAUGAAUCCGCAGCCGCAGAGUCCCAGAGCAGGCGUACAACAGAUCAGAGGUGCAGUACCCAGUGUGAUCCACCAGCAGUUGUUGCAGCAGCGUCUGAACCAGCAGAACAUGAUGCAAAGGGCGCCUGGAAACCAGCAAAUGGUGCCACAACAGAUGCUACAAAGGCAGUUGAGUCAGAACCAGUUGAUAGGAGGGCAGCAACAACAACCAAAUCAGCAGAUUCACAAUCAACAGCAACUUGCGCAGCUGCAACAGCUCAAGCAAUUACAACAGCAACAACAACAGCAGCAGCAACAACAACAACAAAACCAGCAACAGGGGCCAAACUUUAGUGGGAUUGUACAACAGCAAAUGUUGUUGCAAAAUCAACAACAUGGUGGCCAGUUGAUUCAAAAUCAGCCACAACAGCCAAAUCAACUACUUCAAAUGCAAAAUCAACAGAUGCUCCAAAAUCAACAACAACAGCAACAACAACAACAAAAUCAGCUGUUACAAAAUCAACAACAACAAAAUCAGCUGUUACAGCAACAGCAGCAACAAAAUCAACUAAUUCAAGGCCAACAACAGCAGCAACAACCAGGGCAAAUUAUGCAAAACCAACAAAAUCAAAUUAUACAGAAUCAACAGAUGGUGCAGCAGCAAAGUACCCAACAACAGUUUGUGCCACAAAGUCAACAACAACAGUUUGUCCAGAGCCAGCCCAACUUUGUUCAACAGCAGGAGCUGAUUAAACAAAAUUUGGCCCAACAAUUGCAACAGAAAAACUUGGGACAACAGUUGAACCAGCAACAGUUAAAUCAACAACUGGGACAACAACAGCAGCAGCAGCAACAACAACAACAGCAAAUGGUACAACAGCAAAUGCCUCAACAACAACUGGACGACUUAAAUCCGAUUAACCAAAGCCCCACCAGCGUGCAACAAAUGCAGCUGGGACAAAACAGACAGAUGCAGCAACAGCAAACGAUUCUGCAACAACAGCAGCAGCAACAACAGUUGAAUCCUGGUAUAAAUCAGCAGGUUAUCAGGACGCAGUUCGCCGGUAACGUGGUCAAUCAACAAAUUCUGAUCAACCAGCAGCAACAGGGUGGUGUGCAACAACAAGCCGGCCAACCCAGGCCACUGGGACAGCAUUUCUUUCAGCAAAAUCAUCCGCAACAAAUCAGACAUCCGGUGGGGAUUGUGCAGCAAGGUGUUCCUAGGGCCCAGUGGACGGGUAAUCAGCAACAGUCGAACAUGCCGAUGAGACAGUACAUACAUUUGGACGCCAACACGCACAAUCAGUUGCAGAAGUUGCCGCCGGAACAACGUGCCUUGUUUGUGGCUAAGAUACAAAAGGAACGGAUGAAACAGGUUCAGCAGCAACGGCCCGGAAGUCACAUACUUAUAAGAGGAUCCGUACCGGCUGGCUUGAACCACCAGCAGCAGGUGCAAUGGCUGCAACAACAGGCCAAGCAACAGGGCAUCGCCUUGCCUCCGAAUCUCCAGCAGCAGACAAUCACACCGGGCACCCUGACGGCGCCCGCGCAGGCCGUCCCGCCCCAACAACCGCAAGUCCAGCCGCCACAGCCCCAAACCCCAGGCCUCAGCCCUAUACAGCCACCAGGGGCGGGCCCGCCCCAGUUCGCCGCCCUACAAACACUGCCCGACCCGAACAAUCCGCAGCAGCAACAGCAGUACCGGUACAGGAUGCAGCAACUGCAACUGCAGCGGGAGCACGCGCAGAAGGCGCACCUGGCGCAGCAACCGGCACUGGGCGUGGUCAGGCCGGCGGUGGCGGCCGAGUCCACUGUCGGGCCGGCGAACGCGGCCGGUCUGGCGGAGCAGGCGCAGUCGCAGCCGGCCGGCCAGCCGCCCCACUCGUUGGUCGUGAACGCCAAAACGAAGACGGCGCUGGCCAACAUGCUGAGCAACAGGUUGCUGAGUGGGGGACAGUCCCUGGGGCAAGACGGGGUGCCCGAACCCUCCGCUGCUGGAACGCUAAGGUUGAUGACUGCGCAACACAAUGCGGCUUUGAACUCAACAGGUCCGGUACCGGCCACACCUCGCCCCCAGGACAUGCUGGGUGGUUUGCAGCAAAGACCAGGUGCCCCGGCUGUUGUGGGCGGCAGGAUUAUAACUGGACCCAAUGGGGAGGUGAUAAGGGCGCCGGGCGCCGUUGUGCCGCCCCCAGCUCCGACACCCAUCGAGCCUACCAAACUGCAAUACUCCGGUCCCGGUGUCAGGCCGCAGGCUCCACCACCUGCUCAACACAGGCCUGGCCCUUAUUACGGGCACAAUCCUAAUUUAAAAUUGCCGCCGAAUUUAUUCCUUUUGGGUUGUAUUUUUGUCGUUGUGGAGAUUGAGAGAUACUUGGACGAAUCCAUACCUGGUUGGCAACAGAAAAUUGAAAAACAUGGCGGAGAAGUUGAGAGGCAAUAUUGCGGUAGAGUCACACACGUUUUGUGCGAAACCCAACGUCACGGCGUCGUGAUGCAGGCCCUGAGAGACUGCAAACGUUGCGUCACAAUUUACUGGCUCUCUGACGUGAUGAAACGUCGACAAGUCUGUCCGCCCUGGACCGCCUUACAUUUACCCACCAUUUACCUGGACACCGCCCCCGCCGCCAAGCAUUUAAUCUCGAUCAGCGGUUUCCAGGGACAAGACAGGAACAAAGUGAAGCACAUGAUCUCUUACACCGGAGCAAAGAUGACGUCGUACUUCUCGAAACACAAUACUUUGCUGGUUUGUGCCAAAGCUGAAGGGCCCAAGUAUGAGUAUGCUAAAAAGUGUGGUACGCCUGUUGUCAAUGUGCUCUGGUUGACGGAUGUGAUGCUGGGCAAUUUUACUGCCUUGUCGCAGAUGGAUCAUGCCAAUUAUCAACAGUUUCCUGAUCCUCCCAACUUCAACUUCGACCCUAAACUUGUACCCAAUCUUAUGCAUGCUUGGAAAAUGCCUAUAAACAUUUCCCAAGAGUCCUACGAAAGAGUAACAAGAAGUGCGUCGCCCGUUUUAAUGCCCAAAACCAAAAAGCUCAAAGUGGAGGACAAACCGAAGGACGAGGAGAAAAUGGAAGUAGACGAAGUAAAAGACGAAAAGCCGGACAUCAAAUCCGAAACUGUGACAACAAACGGACAAUACAAAAUCCUAUUUUCCAUGGCCAACGAAACUGCCAAUUUAGAAAAAAUGGUCAAGGAACUGGGCGGCAGCGUCACACACUCGGCGGCCGACUGCACGCACCUGGUCAUGUCCAAACUGGCUCGCAGUGCGAAGCUGAUGCGUUGCCUGUGCCGGGAAGACGUGCCCAUCCUGCCCGAGGAGUGGCUCAAGGACUCGCACGCGGCGCACCGCUUCCUACCGCCGGACGGCUACAGGUUCGAGGUGGGCAGGUUCAACGAGGCGUUCGACGUGGACGUGGGACGCACGCUGGCCGCCACGCGGCGGGAGGGCGUCAAGCUGUUGCAGGGCAAGUGCUUCUGGGUGUCGCCCAGCGUUUGUCCCAACAAACGGACGGUGGAGGAGCUGAUUACGGCUUCAGGUGGGGUUGUGGAGAGGGUCCGCAGGUCGAGCGCCCGGAUCGAGGCGGCGGUGCAGCAGCAGCAGCCGGAGAACUCGUACAUUAUAUUGACCCACGAGCACGAUAUACACUUGUUGGCUGACUUGUUGACCAACAAGGAGUCGGGUGUGGCCCCACAAAACGGCACUGGAGUCAAGGUGUGCAGCGCUGAGUUAAUUUACAGUGCUAUUUUGAGGCAGAGCUUAGAAAUUGACAGAUAUUCGAUAAAGGUUUUGUGACGAUGCAAUUGGACCAAUGAGACGAAGAAUGAAGAUAGUUGAGAUGAGGAUAUAUUUUUUUAUUUGUAUUUUGUGAUAUGGGAUAUGUACAUACCAAAUAUAUCAAACUGUAUGUUAUAUUUUUUUUGAGUUUAUAAUUGGAAGAAUUAUACAAUAUAAUCAUUUAAUGAACACCAGAAUAUUUAAUGUUUUAGUUGUUUUGUUCAAUAAUUAAUUCAAUAGAAUAAUUAAUGGAAAUUGUGUGAAAAGUGAUUUAUAUGUUGUUAAUCUACAUUUUUAUUGUUCGAAUAUAUUGUAUGAAUUGUUGAAUAUAGUAAAUGUCAAUAUAUACUUUUUAGUAAUG